GCGUUAUAGGUCAGAAGGGUCAGCCUACGUUUCCUAUGCCGCUGACAGGCGUGGUACGUCCAGUGUCAGCUGACUGAAAGGCUUUCUGAAGUAGGAGCAGUCGACAUCUUGGAUUGAAGUACCGGUAGCUUAAGAGGGCGAGAAAGUGAGUGAAAACAGCGGCUGAUAUUUACCACCCCGUUUCAUAGUUAGGGCUUUUGGGACAGGUUUCUACGGCUUUUCGGUCAUUCGGGUCUUUUCAUCUUCAGGAGAGUGCGAGGGAAACCGUCACUCCCCAUGGCCUGUUUUGACUGAGAGGCAUCAUGAUUGGAGGAUUGUUCAUCUACAACCACAAGGGGGAGGUGCUGAUCUCCCGCGUCUACCGCGAUGACAUAGGGCGGAAUGCGGUGGAUGCAUUCCGCGUGAACGUCAUCCACGCACGGCAGCAGGUGCGUUCGCCAGUCACCAACAUCGCCCGCACCAGCUUCUUCCAUGUCAAGCGCUCCAACAUCUGGCUGGCAGCGGUCACCAAGCAGAACGUCAACGCAGCCAUGGUGUUCGAGUUCCUGUACAAGAUGUGCGAUGUCAUGACCGCCUACUUUGGCAAGAUCAGCGAGGAGAACAUCAAGAACAACUUUGUGCUGAUCUACGAGCUUCUUGACGAAAUCCUGGACUUUGGAUACCCCCAGAAUUCAGAGACUGGUGCACUGAAGACAUUCAUCACUCAAACGGGCAUCAAGAGCCAGCACCAUUCCAAGGAAGAGCAAUCUCAGAUCACCAGUCAGGUGACCGGGCAGAUCGGCUGGCGCCGGGAGGGCAUUAAGUACCGUCGUAACGAGCUAUUCCUGGAUGUUCUGGAGAGUGUCAACCUGCUGAUGUCUCCACAAGGCCAGGUGCUGAGUGCCCACGUUUCAGGCCGCGUGGUGAUGAAGAGCUACCUGAGCGGCAUGCCUGAGUGCAAGUUUGGAAUGAAUGAUAAGAUUGUGAUCGACAAGCAGGGCAAAGGUGGCGCCACCGACGAGGCUGGGAAGAGUGAUUUGGGGGGCAGUGGCGGUGGUGGUGGAAAGCAAUCCAUAGCUAUCGAUGACUGCACUUUCCACCAGUGCGUGCGCCUCAGCAAGUUUGAUGCCGAGCGCAGCAUCAGUUUCAUCCCUCCAGAUGGGGAGUGUGAGCUCAUGAGGUACCGCACCACCAAGGACAUCAUCCUACCCUUCCGUGUCAUCCCCUUGGUCCGGGAGGUGGGCCGCACCAAACUGGAGGUCAAGGUGGUCAUCAAGUCCAACUUCAAGCCCUCGCUGCUGGCUCAGAAGAUUGAGGUGCGUAUCCCCACACCUCUCAACACCAGCGGGGUCCAGGUGAUUUGCAUGAAGGGCAAGGCAAAAUACAAGGCCAGCGAAAAUGCUAUUGUCUGGAAGAUCAAGCGUAUGGCAGGGAUGAAGGAGUCUCAGAUCAGUGCUGAGAUUGAGCUGCUGCCCACUAAUGACAAAAAGAAGUGGGCGCGCCCGCCCAUCUCCAUGAACUUUGAGGUACCGUUUGCCCCAUCCGGGCUCAAGGUGCGCUACCUGAAGGUGUUUGAGCCCAAGCUGAACUACAGUGACCACGACGUAAUCAAAUGGGUGCGCUACAUUGGGCGCAGUGGCAUCUACGAGACUCGCUGCUAACCAACGCGGCCAGGGGGCCCUAGGGGCCGUAACCAGGGAGAAGGCUAGAAUGUGGAAGAGAACGAAAGAUGACAACAUGAGACCGGCACCUUCCCAGCCUUCCCCGAAUCCUGUUACUUUCCCAUCUGUGGUCACAUGGGCUGAGAAAAUCCCCUCCCCCCAAAACAGGACCAUGCUUUGAAAAGUAUUGAAUAUGAUUAAACAGUGAAACAUACACACUACACUAUGUAUAGAUAAUGCAAACAUUUCCUGUGGAGUCAAAAAAACACAAUCUGCCUCUGAAGGGUAUCUGUCUCCCCUUUUUAAUCUCAUCACAAAUAUAAAAUACAUCCCACUUCCGUAAAAUUUAGUUUCUUCUCGUAGUAUGAUUGAGCAACGGCACAUAGGACUCCGGUCAAAUUAAAAGCUGUGUUGUUUAAGCCUUUUGGGACAUUACUAUAGUUGUCUACUAUUUCUUUACCACCAUAUCUAUUUCAUACAUUCCUUAAAUUAGUAUACGGCUGUCCUCUUUGACUCUAACCACAGAUCUAGCUGGCCUUGUAUCGUAGACUUGGGUUAAUUGCUACCCUCCCUCUCUUGAUGCGGGUGUGGUUGUGUCUGUGUAUAACUGUUUUCUGUAGCAACAGGCAGGGGUGUGUUCGACAAGGGAAAUGGAUUGCAAAUAUUUGCAAAUGUUGUUUGUUACCAGCAAUUUUAUUUUUUAACAUUGUCUAACAGUCUGAGACAUGAACGUAGUUGUCCAUUUCAGAUCAAAGAAAUGUCAUAACUGAUUAAAAAAAUAAAAAAUUGGUUUCUAUUCAGUUUAGUAAGAAUAGGAAAAUAGCAAAGUAAAAAUAUAUUCCACCAAUUUGGAACGUUCAUUAAAAUCAUUCACCUGACGCUUUUUUAAGACUCUUAUUUGCCACAAAUGAAACCCUUGUUGAAUUCACCUCUCUCCUGCCACCCCUCCCCUUGUAAUUGCACAUCCAACCGCGGACACAGCCUAGUGUUUUCAGCAGUAUGCAGUGUAGAUGCAACCAUUAAGUGUCAUGCCAUUUUCAGUACAUUUUAUAAGCUUUGAUUUUUAUUUUUUAUGCCCCUCCUUCCCUGAGUAUAUGAGUCCCAAAUUGUCUGGUGUUUUUGUAUUUAGUGCAUUGUAUUGCUUCUCUAAAUCUCUGGCUCACAUUCCAUUGUGCUCUGCCUCUGUCUUGCUGUCACUCCUCACUUAAGUCCUCUCCUAUUUCCAAUAGCUGUUAGUGUCAUUGUCAUUAUCUUCUAUUUCCAGUAGCUGUUAGUGUCAUUGUAAUGAUUCCUCUAAUGAUGCAGAUAUAAUAAUGACAAUUUUAUUUUGCUGUGGUUUGUUUUUAGUCUCAGUGCUACAGAGAUUUCUUCUGUGUGACCAAAAUUGUCAGUUUAAAGAACAAACAAAAAUGUUUUUUGACAAUAUUGAGAACAGAAUGUCUGUCUAUAAAUAUAUAAAUAUAUAUAUUCAAACAUUUCUAUUGUUAGGGUAAUAAUGAGCUUUUGAGCCGAGCUAGUUGUUUGUCUUAUGAGUCUGCUGUUAGUGAUGGGCCGUGUUUGUGUAAGCGACUCGGUUGAGCGGAUCUUUGUGCGUGCGUGCGUUGCUGUUCUGCCCCAGGACUACGAUUUGCUCAACAUCUCUCAGGAGUCUGGAAUUCUGUCUGGUGAUUCUGAGUCCUUUUCCUCGCGGGAAUUUCGACCUUUCCAUACUAUCUUCAUUGGUGCAGGAGUUCCUCUUGGAGUUAAUGUUCAAUAAUGCCCCCCUCACUGACUCCUUGACCUAUACUACAAAUAUUGUUUACAUCUAAGAACAGUUUAAUGAAGGCAUUUGGGGAUUUUUGACACCGUGCAAUGGACUUUUUCCCCCUCUAUCCUAAAUUGUGCAUUGCCCAUUAUAUCCGGUUGAAAGUGGCCUUUGUGGAGUACAACUGUUAAUUUGAGACUCCCUUAGUGCCCCACUCAUAUCAGCCUGUUAGUCUCCUGCAUUUUGAAUGAACGUUCUAAAGCAUUCCUGUUCUCCACCAUUGAGUAUGGCUUAAUGCAACAUUCCCCUUCCCCUCAUAUUCCUUCUAGUUUAAUAUGGCUCUUGUGUUGCUGUUUUUUUUUCUCCAAACAAAGGCUAUGAAAUUGCCUGAGCAACCCUAACCCUGAGUGACACUACAUCACGUUUCAGCUGGCCCUCUGGGGCCUCUGUUCUGCCAUUGAAACACUAAAAUUGGUUUCUUUAAAUGUAUUGUGUAUUGGGGCCCUGGUCAGAUGUAUGCAUUUUGGGCUGUCUCUCUGACUGGACAAUGCCCAGUGUCAUGCCACACCCUGAGAGAUGGCAAAAGGAAGAGUCCUGGGGGGCUCCACCCAGACCCCCUCUGCUUCAGUGUUUUAGUGGUCUCCAUUUGGUAACUUUGUGACUGUCAAGGUAAUCCCAAUAAAAAAUAAAGUGUAACCAAUGGAACUGUCUUAUUUCUGUAGCAGAUGUUGGGUCCCAAAAAUGCAUUAAAUAUUAUCUAAAAAGUUGACACUGGUAACUGAAAGCAGGUUUUACACUAAAACCUAUGUAUUUAUGAAUGCGAUUGUCUGAAUUUAGUUUGUUUAUUCAUUGGGAGGGGGGCAGAAUAGCCUUGACUAAUUAAAUUCAUGUGCAACCUGUUGUAGUUGACUGAUGUAAAACUAAGCAAAGUCUAUGGAUAAGAUUUAAAUUGGGUUGUAAAGCCUUCAAAAGAAAGGGUGGCCGUUCAGAGAAGUUGGUGUGCAGGGUUGGUAUGGAUAGACAGAUGAAUGGAGGGAUGGGUAAUUAAAUUCUCAUCUUUCAGGGCCCCAUGAA